GAGGCGCGGCGUGAAGCCGAAAGAGUUUGGGUCUUCUGGAUCUCUCCCACGGUUUGCGCCACGGUCUCGAACCGAGAAGCCCAGGCCUACUCUGAGACCCGGGGCUGGAGAGUAUCUCUGGCCGUAGGCGGUCCCUGCUGCUUGGCACUUGGCAGCGGCCUCCUAAAUUGCUGCAUCUGAGACUUGAUUGGCUCGUUCCCGGAACCCGGAACUCCUUCUGAUUGGUCUGAAGAGGCUGUUUUUAUCCUUUUACUGGCCGGAGGAAGUUGGAACUUUGUUAAAUAUUAACUUGCUCUGCUUUUCUCUGCGGUGAUGCCUAGCUCUCCUCUGCAUCCUGUGCUGAGACCGGGAAGUAAGCAGUCCACUAACCCUGCUGAUAACUACCAUCUGGCCCGGAGGAGGACCCUGCAAGUGGUUGUGAGCUCCUUGCUGACAGAGGCCGGAUUUGAGAGUGCUGAGAAGGCAUCUGUGGAGACACUGACAGAGAUGCUGCAGAGCUACAUCUCAGAAAUCGGGAGAAGUGCUAAGUCAUACUGCGAGCACACAGCCAGGACCCAGCCCACACUGUCGGACAUCGUGGUCACAUUGGUUGAAAUGGGCUUCAACGUUGACACUCUACCUGCCUAUGCAAAACGGUCUCAGAGGAUGGUCAUCACUGCACCUCCAGUGACCAAUCAGCCAGUGACCCCGAAGGCCCUCACUGCAGGGCAGAACCGGCCCCACCCGCCACACAUCCCCAGCCAUUUUCCUGAGUUUCCGGAUCCCCACACCUACAUCAAAACUCCGACAUACCGUGAGCCAGUGUCUGACUACCAGAUCCUUCGGGAAAAGGCCGCAUCUCAGAGACGAGACGUGGAGCGAGCACUCACCCGCUUCAUGGCCAAGACAGGCGAGACCCAGAGUCUUUUCAAGGAUGAUGUCAGCACUUUUCCCUUGAUCGCUGCCAGACCGUUCACCAUCCCCUACCUCACGGCCUUGCUUCCUUCUGAGCUGGAGAUACAGCAGAUGGAAGAGACCGACUCCUCGGAACAGGACGAGCAAACAGAUACAGAGAACAACGCUCUUCAUAUCAGCACGGACGAUUCCGGAGCUGAGAAGGAGAACGCUUGUGUUCUGCAGCAGAGCUCCUCCUUGUCCGGCAGCCGGAAUGGGGACGAGAGCAUCAUCGAUAACCCCUACCUGCGGCCCGUGAAGAAGCCCAAGAUCCGUAGGAAGAAGUCCCUCUCGUGACCCGAGAAGGAAGCUGCCCUGUAAAGGAGAGAACACGUUUCCCUGGGGAGUGAAAUCACGGAGGGAAGAGGAGGGUGCCGUCCUUCUGGCCUGGGCCAGGCUGUGUCAUUUUAGUAGCAACUUUGUGUGAAGACAGCCUGUUGUGCUUGACUGUGAGUGGAGGAAAUGUGGUGCGGUAAAGGACUGUUCUGUCCCUUGGCCAUGCUGCUGCAACUGUGCCGGGGACUGCUGGUGACUCCAUUGAUCAAUCAUGGACUUGAUUCGUUUGGAACCUGGAGGGCCAGGGAAGAGGCAGAACGAUGCCUAUGGCAGCCAUGUGUACCUUCCAGCCCUCUUGGAUCCCUCUCACUGAUAUAAAUGCAGAGAGGUCUCACUUCUCACCUGGACCCCAAGAUCCCUGCUGAGUGGAUAGAAAAUGACUAUGUAUCUCAUUGUGUUGGAAACAGGCCCACAGCCCACCUUGGAUCUGGGGCUGCCAGGAGCUAGGAACAAAGGUGUCAGUAUCAAUCGAUGACAGUGGCCAUGGGGUAGCCUUGAUCUCUGACCAUCAUUUGAUUAAAGCUGACCACAGUGGAGUCAAACCAACCCUGUGGCUUCAAAAGGAGCCAUGGACUUAAAGCACCGUGAAGAGGACUUAGCAGGUAGGAGAGGACUAAGCCUAGCUGUGAAAUGCAACUCUGGUAGAAAGCUAUGUGCCCACCUGCUGGACGGAGGGGGUGAGAGGACCCUGCUGAGACCCUCCACCCCCUGGAGAGAAGACCCCACCCCACACUUCCCCCUAAUCAUGAAUCUUCGUGCCUCUAAGGAAGGAUGACAGGGACACAUGGAAAUUGACACAACAUGGAUAAGUUGUCCUUGGGUUGGAAUGCUUUCUCAAUCAUGGCGGCUGCUGCUUCUGCUCCUGCAGUCUUGCUCAUUUUCUCUCCCCACCCCUCCUGUUUCAGAGAUAGGCUCUCUCUGUAGCCCAGGCUAUCCCAGAACUCUGUGUGUAUCCCAGGCUCAGUGUCUUCCUGCCACCUGCUGCAGGUAUAGGUGCAGGCCACCAUGUUUGGCUUCCAGGCAGCUGGUAGAGGCUCCACCUUCCCGGCUGAUUCUCUGGAGGGAAGGAGCUCUGUGUCUGGAAUCGGAGGACAAGAACUGUCGGGAAAAUGAGCUUCCUCAGCUCCGGACCAACAGGACUAUUUCCAUCGUGACUCAGAACUUCCAGGUCAAACAGGAAGGCUGACCUGUGUGGCUCCCGAGAGCUUGUGACAGACUUGGCUACACUGGGCCAGUCAGCUGAGAUGCAGUCAAGGGCAGACAGGAGCUGUCACACCUUGCUGUUCCUGAUGUGACUAGCGAGCACAUCUGUAAUUCCAGCACCAUUGCCACUGGCGUUGGCCAGGGCUUGUUGAGAACAGUGUGCGAGGUGGGGGUGGGAGGGGCUCGUGCCUGUGACCUCAGAACUGCGGUGCAGUCUUUCUCUAGGAAGAGGGAUUUUGUGUUAAUGCAUAUAAUUAUCAAUGUGUAUUUAUAUAUUUCUAUUUUUUAUAAUUUGGGGAGACUUAUUGGAAGGAGAAAUGAAGUGUGAUUUAUGGAAGGCCUGUAAUAAAAAUUCAUAAUAAAAACUUUGUAAAUGACUCAGACGUAGGGCCUC